CAGCCGGCGGGAGCGGCCGCCAUGGAGGGGGAGGCGGCGGCGGCCGGGGCCUGAGCGGCGGCGGCGACAGAGGACGGGCGGCGGCGGCGGCGGCUGGGGAGGGCCGGCAGGCGACGAAGCGGCCCCCUGGCGAGGGGCGGCCCCGCCAGAAUUAAUCAGAUACAAGUUAGAGAAAGCUUCCAAAAUCUGAACAGAUGAAGAUCAAUUGAUAAAUCAACCCAGCGAUUCACCGUAAUUUCAAGGGUCGCCCCAUGGAGCCGGGGGGCGCCCGGCGGGCGGCGUAGCCCGGCCCCCCGCCGCUCUUGAGGCAGCGCCGCCGGCCCGCAGGCGCCUCACCUGGGCGGCGGAGAGGAGGCAGCGCCCCGCGCAGCAUGGGCACCCGGCUCCGGGCCCCCGGGCCGCCGCACAGCAGCGGAAAGAAUGUCGGCGCGGGCCGCGGGUGACGUCAGAAGGGAGCAGCGCACAGCGGCGGCGGCGGCGGCCAGGCAGCGGCAGCGGCAGCCCCGGGCCCGGCCCCGGCCCCGGCCCCGGCCCGGCGAGGGAGGCGCGGGCGGAGGAGGCGGGAGCGGAGCCGGCCCCGCCGCCACCGCAGCGGCAAUGGCGGCCGUCGGGGAGCGCAGGUCCCUGCCCAGCCCCGAGGCGAUGCUGGGGCAGCCCUGGAGCCACUGGGUCGACGCCGCUAAACUGCACGGGAACGACGGGGCGGCGUUAGAAGAAAGUUUCAAGGAAUACGGGAAAAAUCGAGAAGCGAUGCGGCUCUGCCGAGAAGAUAUGCCAAUAUUUGGUCUUUGCCCGGCUCAUGAUGAUUUCUAUUUGGUGAUGUGUAACCACUGUAAUCAGGUCGUAAAACCACAGGCAUUUCAAUCACAUUAUGAAAGAAGACACAGCUCCUCCAGCAAGCCGCCUUUGACUCCUCCCUCCUCUUCAGUAUUUUCCAUCAUUUCAUCUUUCCCUUCAAAAAACAAAGGUAGCACUGGAAGUGGUAGCAAUCGUUCAUCCAGUGGAGGUACUAGUGCAUCGUCAUCAUCAAAUUCCAAGUUGUUGAAAUUACCCAAAGACAAGCUGCAGAUCAGCGGAAACAACAGGUUAAUGCAUCCGGUACAGCAUAGCAAAGUUCCCCAUGAUAAAAUUAUGACUCCAUCUGUCAAAGUGGAAAAGAUUCAUCCAAAGAUAGAUGGUGCCCAACUGAAAACUGCUGUUGGUCCAACUUGUUCUACUACUGUGAGUUCCUCAAUAAAGACUGGCCUUAAUUGUCCCUCAAUACCAAAGCCACCCUUGCCUUCCCCUGGACAGAUACUGAAUGGUAAAGGUCUUCUCUCUGUGCCUCCAUUUUUGGAAAAGAAACCUGAAGAAAAUACAAAUAAUAGGAAAUUUUUACAUAAAAGAUUGUCAGAGAGAGAAUUUGAUCCUGAUAUAUACUGUGGUGUCAUUGAUGUGGAAACCAAGAAACCCUGUACUAGGUCUUUGACAUGCAAGACACAUUCCUUAACCCAGCGGAGGGCUGUACAGGGUCGAAGAAAGCGAUUCGAUGUGUUGUUAGCCGAGCACAAAAGCAAAACCAGGGAAAAGGAACUUCUUCGACAUUCGGAUCAUCAUCAGCAGAUGCCCCCUCUCAGGGAACCACAUCCCUCACCUACUAAAACUUCCCAGGAGCUGCACCAAAAUUCUCAUGGAGUUACUCUUACAGAAUCAAAGCCUUUAUUACCUAAUAAACCCAAACCUCACCCCCCCAGUCUUCCAAGGCCUCCAGGCUGUCCAGCCCAGCACAGUGGAAAUGCCCCUAGCGAUUCUCCUUCUGUCCACGAAUCCCCUCACCCUCCCUUGCCUGCAGCUGAGCCAGCAUCUCGGUUAUCCAGUGAUGAGGGAGAAUGUGAUGAAAAAGAAGAGCCUGUUGAAAAACUGGAUUGUCACUAUUCAGGUCAUCAUCCUCAACCAGCCGCUUUUUGCACAUUUGGGAGUCGGCAGAUUGGAAGAGGUUAUUACGUGUUUGACAAGCGGUGGAACCAUAUUCGAUGUGCACUUAACUUCAUGGUGGAGAAGCAUCUUAAUUCUCAGAUGUGGAAGAAAAUUCCUCCAGCAUCUAGUAGCACAACAUCAGUUCGUGCACCACAUCGGACAAACUCGAUGCCUGCUUCACAGUACGGUGUCAGCGCAGCAGGUUUCCUCUUACCCACCACGGUUAUGUCAUCGCCAGCGCUGGUGUCUCCUUCCUGUAUGUCCCUGAACAGCAAAUCGGUACCAUCACACGGAACUACACUAAAUGCAAAUCCUGCUACUCUGGGUGCAGUGGAUCCUGUCUGCAGUAUGCAAUCAAGACAAGUGUCUUCAUCCCCUUCAACACCUACAGUGCUUUCCUCUGUACCUUCACCUAUGCCCAGCAAACCUCAGAAGUUGAAAUCCAGCAAAUCUUUUAAACCUAAGGAAUCUUCUGCUGGCAGUGGCACCUGUAACAGUACCGGCAGCGUCAGUAGCAGCGGCGGCUCAGGAAAGAAGCGUAAAAACAGUUCCGCACUGCUAGCACCUUCUCAUUCCACAGAGUCCUUUAGAAAAAACUGUGUGGUUAACUCUGGAAACUCUGGGACCUCCUAUCAUCCAUCGGUGACGUCUUCGUCCCACAGUGUUGGCCUCAAUUGUAUGACUAGCAAAGCUAACUCUGUUAGCCUCAAACAUGACCAAUCAGGGAGGGGUCCUCCUACCGGGAGCCCUGCAGAAUCGAUAAAAAGAAUGAGUGUGAUGAUGAACAGCAGCGAUUCCACUCUUUCCUUAGGGCCGUUUGUUCAUCAGUCCAGUGAGCUGACUGUAAACUCACACAGCAGUUUUUCACAUUCGCAUACUUCCCUAGACAAACUAAUAGGAAAGAAAAGAAAGUGCUCACCUGGUUCAAGCAGCAUAAACAGCAGCAGCAGCAGCAGCAAGUCAAACAAAGUUGCCAAAUUGUCAUCGGUGAAUAAUGUUCACGCAAAACACACUGGUGCAAUCCCAGGGACACAAGGACUGAUGAACAAUUCUCUCCUUCAUCAGCCAAAGGCGCGUCCCUGACAGCUGAUCACACCAUGGUGAGAAAAGAACUGGACACUUUUCACUACAAGCAAAACCUCCAUCUGGAAUUCUGGACUCCAAGAUGCCUUGAGUUUUCCCAGCUUCCCAUGGUCCUCAGGUGUGGAAAUCUACUGGACUGUCACUCAAACAAGGAAUUUCCCUGAAGCCAUGUCUGUAGCAGUGAAUAUACUAGAAAUGGACACUGGAUGAAGUUCAGCCACACAAUUGCUCUUAUCAGUGUUAACGGUGGUCUGGACUAGUUUGCUACAAAUCUGUGAGAUUUUCCUUACAGGAGUACAUCAUCUUGCCGCUAUUUGACAUAGAUUGGCUGGGCAAAAGAAUGUUUUCUGGGGGGCAAAUAAACAUUACUGUGGACUUAUUUUUAUACUGAUGGUGUCUUUUAUAGGUGAUAGCUACCAGACAGACACUGUCAACAGAGAGGACCCCGCAACAAGGGGGAAAAAAAAAAACGUCUGAGGCACAAUGGAAAGAAGCCCUCAAGAAGGGAAUAUGGCUUUAGUGUUUUUAUAGCAAUGUUCCUUUAAUGGAAUAUAAAAAUAGCACAAUUCAAAAAAUAGUCUGUGUUUUGCCCAGCCUUUUGCAAGUAAUUUGGGAUAAGAAGCUAUCAGGAGUUAAAAAUAAAAAAUAUAUUAAAAAAAAACUUUUAAAACAACAAUAACAACAAAAAAAAUCAAAAAACUUGUUUGAGGCCAUUGCUCAGAAAACAAGUAUAAAAAGCUGUACUUGUGUGAUACAAAUAUUAUUUUCUAUUCUUUUGAGUAAGAUUUGAUUGCAGAAGAAAAUUAAAGUUGUUUUUAAAAAAAAAAAAUCCAAAAUAUCAAACAAAGGCAAAUAACUUCUAAAACUAUAUGCCCAAAGAACAUAUUUCCUGACCUAUACUGUAUGCCAUAAGCCUUUGUUAUUUUAAAAAAUAACAACUGUAUUGGUUAAAUUAGGCUGGAUUUGCCUUCCAGCCUGUAUAAAAAAUAAAAUAAAAAAAUCAAAAAAAAUUAAAAAGCCCUUUUAAAACUAAGUAUUUAAAGUAUUUAAAUAUUUUUUAAAAAGAAGUAAAAUAAAAGUCAGAUAUUUUAUGCCUUGUUUGUAUAACUAAAUCAUUAACGUGUUGUGCUUUCAACCACUCAAUAAGGGUUUCUCAAAAUUCUGGAGUAUUUGCCAAUUUGACAGCCGAGUUCCACGUAAAGUGCAGCUGUAUGCAUCCCAGUCAUCUCACACCUCCCGAGGUUUUAUGAAUAAAGGGGGCUUUACACAGUUUUAUAUAGUCCAGUCAAUUUUUACGAAGUAUUUUGUCUUGCUUCAAAACACCUCCGAAGUGAAUUCCGCUAAAGGGCUUAUUGUAAUAGGAUUUGGUUCGUCUGGAUGUUUUUGUUAAGUUUUUAAACAUCAGGUAAAGUCUCAAAACUGACUAAACUUUUAUUAAGGGGCAAAGCAAAGGAAAACAAAUUACUGACCAAGAAGACAUUUUUCUGCCUUAAAGGGGCACCAGCUGUCGCUGAGAACAGACAAUCUGAGCCUGUCCAAUAGUUCCCGUAGCCCAGCCUUCCCCCGUUUCUGGUGGCAAAUAGUACAUCAGGGAAUCCAAAGCCACUAAGAGUAGCAGUUGCUUAGCUGUUUACCUACCGAUGCUUUCAGUUUCACCUGAACUUGCUACAAAAUCCUUGCUAUACAGCAAAACAAGAAGCCUCUAUGCAGACACUUUAGCUUUUGAAUUGAUAGGAAAGAUGACAUUUAGAAAGCAAUGUGUAUAGACUCUUAUUAUGCAAACUUUAAUCAAAAAACCAACAAAGAUAUUUUCAGGAACAAAAAGACUCAUAAUUAGUAAGAUGCCCUGUUGAAAGGAUUGUUGGAGCUGUGAUUGGUUUAACAGAAAAGGAGCCAAAGUAACAUGCCACAAAAAGAAAUGGAUAUUUAUUAAAUCCUGCCCGUUUGGAGUGAAAUCCGUGUUCUGAUGAAGUCACUGGGGCAAAAAUUUCACUUCAGGACAGUCUCAGUCACAAGUGCAAUUUGACUCGAUCGAUGUAAAUGUAAAGGAAACGACAACUUGGCGAGAAGGAGCGCCGGGGAGUUGGUGACCGAACUCUCCUCUUUUUGAAGGUUCUGUUGAUCUGAAAGCAUAAUGGCAAAUUCGUGCCCGCUCAAUAGCACGCAGACCUUUUAAAAAGCUAAUUCCUGAGCGCUGUGCUCAUGUGGAGCCAGCCUCCACAGACACCUGCAUUGUGUAGUUCGAAGCCAUUGGGAGUUGAGAAUUAGAACAUCGUAAAUUCUGCCUGCCCUUGAGCACAGACCUGCUCAAAUAUUAUGUUUUAGAUCUUGGUUACAAGCAGAACGUUGUUCCUGAAGCUUUUAUUGUCACAUAGUUCUUACUGUAAAUAACUAAGGAAGCUGAAAUUAAUUUUCCUUGCAAAAUUGAAUUCGCAGUGGCUGGGUUGUUUCUAGACAGAUUUUGGUAUUAAUUUAAGAGAUACAGUUUUUAUAGUCUUUCCAACUUCUCGUUAUGACUCCUGCAGUUUUCUUAACCUAAAAAAUUGCUGCAAUGAUGAACAAAGAAUUAUACAAGAAAAAAAAGACAUACUUUUGUAUCUUUAUUUUGGAAUUUCUUGUUCUAUUAUAAAUAUUGAAGUAUCCCUAUUUCAGAAGACAUAUUUUGUUAAUUGAUUGUACAUAUUUAAAUAUGUAUUUUUGCACAGGUCUUUUUUUCUUAUAUCCAGUUUUGGUACAAUUGAGAUCAUCUAGUAUUUAUUUAUUAA